AUGUCUACAACACCCAAACGCAGGCCGGUGGCCACGACUGAUGAUGAGACGGGAGCUAGGCGGCUUUUAGCCGAGCUGACAAGCUCUUCUUCAAGGCAUAACUUCACGACAAUCAUUUCAGCUCCGCCCCAAACUCGGCUCGCUCGGCCAGCAGAAGACGAUCUCCACGUGUCUACUACACCGCCUUCACGGGCCCUACAGACACCCGACCCGACCCGACCCGACCCGACCCGCUCGCCGGGGCAAUUAAGCCCUUUUGCCCGCUUCUCGGUUGCCAUGACGCUGCCUCGGUUGUUGACUGGAUGUCUCAUCUGCCACUUACUGCUCGGCAGUCUGCUCCUGGCGUCGUCGGGAGAAGAGUUGGUCCGAGUUGACGAUGAGGACUGGGACUGGCUGCGCUAUCGUCCCCUCGGACGGAUUCGCCGAGCCACAGACGACGCGAUGUCCGCGAUCCGAAGCAGUCGCAAUCUGACGAAUGUCCGCAUCCACGGACCCUCCGAGGAGGAGGCCAUUUCGCUGGCGAUCGUCUUCGACUCCACCGGAUCUAUGGGCAACGAUCUUAAGCAAGUGAAGGCCGGCUCGCGGCGUAUUCUCGAGCGCCAUCUACAACGUGGCGACGCCAACUACAUCAAAGACUUUGUGCUCAUCAAAGUCCACGAUCCAGGUAGGCGAUCGGCCAAUCACUCGUCGUGGUAG